AUGGCACUAGUACCACCACCACAAUCCCUAUCAUUGGGAGGAAAGCUAGAAGAAUCCUGGGCAGCAUUUAAGGAUGACAUAGAAAUAUAUCUUCAAGCUAAUAAGGUGGAGGAUGACAAAGCAGCAGCAGGUGUCCUCUUAACAUUCAUAGGAAGGGAAGCAAGGAACCAUUUCAAAAAUUGGAAAGUAACUGACGCAGAUAAGUUGUCAUAUAAAAAGCUAAUUGAAGCAAUAGACAAGGUUGUAAAACCAACCAGCUAUCCAAUUCAUAACAGAUUGAUGUUCAGAAGUAGGAGGCGCAUGGACGGCGAAAACAUUGAUGAUUAUGUAGUACAUCUAAGACAAAGGGCCACUGAAUGUGAGUUUGUAAACGGCAUGGAAGAGUUAAUGAUUAUUGACAAUAUCGUAGAAUCAGUCACUGAUCCAGGCCUCCAGCAACAUCUCUUUAAACAAGCAUCAAAAGGAAAAGACGCAAGUGAUAUAGUGAAAUUAGUUAAAGAACAUGAAACUCUAACUCAAGCAACAUCAUCAAUGAAUGGAAAAAUCCAUCAUCUAUCAAGAUAUAACCAACACUAUCAAAACAACUAUAAAUCAAGAUCGAAAUCACCAAGAAGACACUACUAUGAAAAUUAUUAUGAAGGAUCAUCAAAGUCUCCAAAGAAAUAUUCAAAAUCUCCAUCAAGGUAUCAAUCAAAAUCUCCAUCAAGGUAUCAAUCAAAAUCUCCUCAUCAUCGAAGAUCAUCAAGAGACGGCUAUGAAAAAUCAUCAAGAGGCUAUAGUCAUCGAAGAUCAUCAAGAGACAAGUAUCGAAGAUCAGCGUCAAUAUCACCAUACAAGAAAUCAGGGUCUAAAUCCCCUCACAGAAGAGCCUCCUCACCAGCACCAGAUUCAUUUAGAAAGAAACCAUGUCGAAGAUGUCAAACCAGACAUGAAUUUGGUGAAUGCCCAGCAGAGGGAGCAACAUGCAACAACUGUGGCAGACGCAAUCAUUUCACCCAAUGUUGCCUAUUAAGAAAAGUAGACAGUAUCACAGUGCAACAGGAAUCAAAACAACCCCAUGGAUCUAUGUCUGGAAGUCAGUUUAAGAAAGAUCCUUACUACUACAUCAACACUUUAACUCAGAGGAAAAAUUCAGAUGAGGACAAUACCGUUCAUAUCAAAAUGCUAAGAAGUGUGCCUGAUGAAGAUCCGUCAAUCUGGAUUGAGCCAAUUGAAGUGUGUAACAAGAUAAUCAAAUUCAAAAUUGACACAGGUUCUGAUGUUGACACAUUACCAAUUCAGCACCUAUCAAUCAUCCCUGAUGACUGUAUCAUCAAACCAGCACCACGUACCCUGGCCUAUGGAGAAGUGGAAGUUCCUGUGUUGGGUAAAGUGCAGUUGCCCAGUGCUUGCAGAGGCACCAAAACCACACUGGACUUCGUCAUCAUUGGCACAGAAGAGGUACCAGUUCUUAGUCGAACCACUUCACUGAGACUGGGCCUAAUCAAGAGGGUUCACGCAAGUACUCCAGUGUGUCUAAGCGUGCAGACAAAGAAAACCCCUCAUUGUGAAGAUCUAGAAAAGACACUGGAGUGCAUCACUGAUGAGACAGCCCGACACCUCAUCAGGAGCAACAAGCAGUUGUUUGUGGGCACAGGGAAGUUUCCUGACAAGGUAACUUUAUUAGUAGAUAAGGAUGUAGAACCCACUAGACAUCCGCCCAGAAGAGUACCACUCAUAAUUGAAGAAAAGGUCAAGAAGUACAUAAACAAAAUAUCGGUACAAGAAGUAGUCUCUCCAGUCGAGCAACCAAGAUCAUGGGUGUCCCAUAUGCUCAUAAGAGAGAAGCCCAACGGAGACAUAAGAGUAUGUCUGGACCCAAAAGAUUUAAAUCAAGCCAUUAAAAGGAACUACUACCAAAUACCUUCAGUGGAAUUCAUACAAUCAAGACUAGCAGGCAAUGAAUUCUUUUCAGUAGUAGAUUUAAAGGAUGGGUUUUGGCAUUGUGAGCUUGAUCUUCAAUCCAGUGAAGUAUGUGCCUUUUCCACACCUUUUGGGUGUUAUAAAUUUAAUAGACUCCCGUUUGGAUUAAAUGCUUCACCAGAAAUCUUUCAGGCAAGAUGUGAGUUCUAUUUUGGAGACAUACCUGGUGUCACAAUAUUUUUUGAUGAUAUUAUUGUAUCAGGAAGAAACAGAGAAGAGCAUGAUAAGGCAUUGUAUAAUUUUUUACAAAGAGCUACAUUAGUAAAUGCCAGGAUAAAUGCUAGCAAGAUACAGAUCAGGAAGACCUCCGUCAAAUAUGUAGGUCACAUCUUUAGCAAGGAAGGAAGAACAGUAGACCCUACAAGGGUUGAAGCAAUACAGAAACUGAAGUCUCCUCUCAACAAGAAGCAGCUACAAAAAAUUUUGGGAUCAAUAAACUAUGAGAGAGAAUAUAUACCAAAUCUUGCAACUCUAAUGCAAGUUUUGAGACCACUACUGGAAGAGAAAAACAAAUGGAUGUGGUUGGAAUGCCAUGAAGAAGCACUUCAGAAAAUAAAGGACAUGAUCACAAAUGCUCCUAUACUGGCAAACUUUCAAGAGAAUGCACCCAUAGUAAUCCAGUGCGAUGCAUCAAGUUUUGGCUUAGGAAGUUGUCUCCUGCAAAACAAGAAACCAGUCUCAUUCGCAUCAAGAUGCUUAACAAAGACCGAGCAAGGAUAUGCCAUGGUGGAGAAAGAAAUGCUUGCAAUCCUGUUCUCUGCAAGGAAAUUUCAUUUUUGGAUAUAUGGCAGGGAAGUCACAGUCCACACAGACCAUAAGCCAUUAGUGACUAUAUUCAAGAAAAAUGUACCUGAAAUAGGAUCGACAAGACUACAAUCUCUGCGCAUAAAACUACUGAUGUACAAACUAAAUGUACAAUACAUCCCAGGAUCGCAGAUGUAUAUUGCGGACUUAUUAAGCAGAGAUCCACUGCCAGAAGAAAAAUCAGAUGAAGUCCUCUUGAACGUAGUCAUCCACACAAUGACCAAUCUUUCACCUAUAUCAGGUCCACUAAAAGACAAAAUAAGAGAAGAAUCAAACCAAGAUGAGGAGUUACAAAUGCUAAAGAGAAUCGUACUGGAUGGUUGGCCAGAAGCAAUCAACAAAGUGGAAGCAAAAAUAAAGCCUUAUUGGCAAAAAAGUUCAGACAUUCACCUAGAUAACAACUUGUUAUUUUAUGGCCAGAGAGUCAUAAUACCUGUGAAACUCAGAAAGGGUAUGCUCGAGAAGCUUCAUGAAGGUCACCAAAGAAUCUCCAAAACUAGCAAACUAGCGGCGCUGUCAGUGUAUUGGCCAAACAUUCAAGAGGACAUUACCAGCCUUCUCCAAGCAUGUCAAACCUGCAGCAAACAUCAGCCAAAAAACUUCAAGCAGCCAAUGGAGAAAAGAACACUACCAACAAGACCAUGGUCGCACUUAGCAGCAGACAUUUUGUACUGCAAAGGUGAAAAUUAUUUAAUAGUAAUGGACUGUUACUCAAAAUGGCUGGAAAUAAUUAAGAUCAAGUCGAAGUCAGCAGAAACCAUCAAUGAAGUUCUGAGUGAUCUAUUCAGCAGGUAUGGAUUUCCUGACAUCAUAUACUCAGACAACAACCCGUUCAACUCUCAAGUCUGUUUACAACUUGCUGAUACCGGAAACUUCAAGUACAUCUUUAGUUCUCCGAGGUACCCGCAGUCAAAUGGUCAAGCAGAGAAAGCAGUUGGAAUAGCAAGACAAAUCAUAACCAAGUCCAAAGAGUCUAAUGAAGACUACAAAAUGGGACUUCUCAAUUAUAGAAACACUCCAAUUGAUGUGUUGAACGCGUCACCAUCUCAACUCCUCAACAGCAGAGUCCUCAAAUGCAAGAUUCCAAUGACAGAAGAAACUCUGAAACCAAAAGUACAAGAAGGAGUUAAUAGGAAGCUGGUGGAGAGACAAGAACGAUCAGAGAAACAAUACAACAAGACAGCAAAGAGAAAAAUAGUUACCUUUCAAGACAAUGACAAAGUGUUGGUGUACACAGGUGAAAACUGGGAACCAGCCAUAGUGGUAAAGAAAAACCAUGAAAACCCAAGAUCAUAUGAGAUAAAAACAAAUCAUGGCACUUAUGUACGAACAACUCACCACAUGAAAAAGAGGUUUGACAACAGACCAAUACAGUCAUCAAACUACUACCAGAUAUAUGGACCAAAUAAGGACAACAUUCAAGAAAUGUCAGAAGCCAAUGCUCACAGCGAAAGUCGCAAUGGACUUGUUCAGCCCAAUCAGGGAAUGGGAACUCCUCGUCAACAGCUUGGAACGCCCACUGCAGAAACUCGAGUAGAAACACCCCAACUCCGAAGAACUUCGAGAGUGACAAAACCACCUGCAAGGUACUCGCAAUAA